CAAACAUUCAUUCAGUCAGACUCUUAUCAGUUCGGAUCGUGUGCUGAUAGUGACUAAUAUUAUAAAAUAAGUUUUCAUUGUAUCCUGUGGAAAAUCAAGCUUAAUUUGCUUCCGCAAAGGUGUAAUGCAAAAUUGAAUCAAAAUGACGCAAACCGUUGUCGAGCUGCACUGGUUUCCGAAGUACGCAGACCGGUUUCUGACUGCGGCCGGUUCGGAAAUCAAUCUGUAUCAGGUGAAAAGCCGUGACCUUAUUGAUCAUGGAGUUAACAGUAAUAUAAAUUUGGACAUCUCCAAGAGCACCACUGCCACGCUAAUUGCCUUCGAGACACGAUAUCAGUUUAUUCGCUCGGUUGCCCCGUCCUAUCAUUCUAACGGGGAGAUUCUAUUUGCAGCUGGGCUGCCGAACGGCAAGGUUGCACUGUGUAACUUUGCCACCGAAAAUAAUGUUGAAUUCACACCACGCGUUUCGCGUCCAUGCACAUGCAUCGCUUGGAGUGAACUAGAACCGAGUCUGAUAGCGAUGGGACACGAUCGGAACAGGUCAGACCACUGUAUCACGAUCUGGGACACGGAAAGAGGUGUUCCUAAUCAGACGUCAAUUCUUCAGUUGAUUGGGUUAUCGGAGACAGCACAUUCCAUCUGCUGGGAUCGAACAUUUCCCCAGGUUUUGAUUGCUGGAAUGAGCCACAAGUACAUCAAGAUGAUGGAUUUCAGACAAAGUUCAGCCGUUGUGACAGUGGCCAACGCUCGCACUGUCAACGGACUAUGCGUAGCUCCAAACGGGCGUUACUUGGCUAGCUACGUGGAUAACGUAAUCAAUCUGUGGGAUCUUCGAUCUCUGGAUAAAGCCAUAAGUCAAAUUCAGAUGCAAAAGAACAUCACACACUUGUCCUGGUGUCCGACGAGAUCGUCAGUACUGACUACGCUUCAGCGAGACUCUCCUCUUAUAAAUUUGACCGAUCUGCAUUGGCCCGGCUCGGAGAUGGAUGGUGGUGAACCACACUCGAUUAAACGGUUCGUUUCUCCGUUCCAGCCUCGAAGUGGCAGCCGGAUGCCAACGAUGGGUUAUCUUUCGUGGCAUCCUUACGAUCUGGAACGCAUGUUGGCCCUUUCAGGGACAGGUAUUAUAUGCGACUACAGGAUCCCUCAGCGAGUGGCAGUUUCGUGGGACAAUAACAACAAUUUAUAUGGCAACAAUGGAGCCGAAUUGCGACAGUUUACGUCACCUUCACCGCCGACAACUCCGACGGAUUCGUUGAACCAGUGGGAUUGCGGGAUCGAUAGCUAUGAAGAGGACAUAGCGGAGAUGAUCCAGAAAAGAGCCCUGUGCAACUACGGUUUGAUGACCGAUAUACAGCGGAAUGGGGAUCUUGUGGGAAAUGCUAAUUUGAAGGGUGUUUGGCGCUUGCUGGGACACAUGGUUAAAGAGGACUGCAAACUAGGAUUGAAUACGAUUUUGGGAGUUUGUAGCGCUCCGGAUGGACCGGCGAUGUCCCGUUCGGAGCCGGUGAUGACGAAAUGGAUAGAUUUCAGUAUCGGGAGUGGUUUAGUUGUGUACAGAAGCGAACACAGAGACACUGCUCAGUUGCUUUGUGGAUGGACUUUCGACAGGAGAAACGAGUUGUCAUUCCUUGCGUUUAUUGACGAGCUAUGCGCAAACAAGGAAUUCACAAGAGCAGCGUUGAUUGUAUGUUUCCACUUCAGGAUCAAACAAGCGAUUGAUAUUCUUGGUAAAGGAGCUGAACAGGCGUCGGAUCCAAGUUCUUUGCUAAGAGUAGCGGCCAUAGCCUUGUCGGGAUUUAGUGCAGAGCGUUCCGGACUUUGGCGCAAGCAGUGUGGAGCAGCUAGAACGCAGAUUGAUGAUCCGUACCUGCGUUGCAUGUUCUCGUUUUUGGCCCACGAAAAGGACGGAUUUGAAACCGUAACAAAUGAAACGGAAAUUUCCCUCGGCGAUCGAAUGGCAUUCGCUUGUAACUUUCUGUCGGACCUCAAACUUGCAGAGUAUAUCAAAGGAAUGGUUGCCAGCUGCAUUGAAUGUGGUGAUUUGAACGGUCUUCUACUAACCGGUGCCACCAACGACGGAAUUAAACUACUUCAAAGCCAUCUGGACCGUACGGAAGACGUUCAAACGGUUGCGUUGAUUGCCUCCCGAUUCCUCACUUCGGAUCUCCUAACCGACUAUCGCGUUCUGUACUGGAUCUCUACAUAUCGCGAUCUGCUGGACAUAUGGGGCCUGUGGGAGCAACGCGCACAGUUAGACAUCGCCCUUGGUCGUAUCCGGUCACCUCCGCAAAAUUCCCGGUCCGUGUUUUUACUGUGCAAUUUUUGCGGCAAAAACGUAUCGAUGGCUCUCCAGGAGGAUGCUCGGCUUCGAAGCAAUGCGGCAGUGAUGCAUAAGCUUUCCUCAUGCCCGAACUGCCGAAAACCGUUGCCGCGAUGUGCUCUGUGUUUGUUGCACAUGGGAACCACGAUGGGUGCCAUUUCGCAGGGACAUAUCGCCCAGGGCCAGAUCGGUUGGCAGUCGAAGCCGUUUUCCAAGUGGUUUUCUUGGUGUCAGACCUGUCGCCAUGGUGGACAUACCGAACAUUUGGCGGAGUGGUUCAACGCAAACACCGAGUGCCCGGUGACCUCGUGCAGCUGUAAAUGCUACGCCAAAGAUCUACCGAUGCCGCAGUUCCCGCGUGAGAAGGACAGCCCCUCCUGAUACCAGCUAAGAACAUCGUUCUAGAUUGACAAAAAAGUAAAACAAAAAAGCCACGCAAGCUUUUACUACCCGUAAGGUCUACUGCCAAUCAGCUUAAGGGAAUGCGGAUUGAUUAAGCGAUGUGAGGUUGAGUUUGGAAAAUUUGCUAUGAAUUUGUUUGUGAAUUGGUACAAUUGUGAUUGGUAUUUUUACGUGUAUGAAGAAUGGACGUUCGCGUCAUGUGAGAUUUAUUGUUCGCCUAAAUGUUUUUGCUGAGAUAGUUUUAAUUGUAUUUUACACAGUUUUCUUUGGAAAAAAUAAAUAAACAAUUGACAUAAUCUAA